UACAAUACCAGAACAACUAACAAUGCCUCAGAAACAUCUCUGCCUGCUCGUCUUGCUGUGUUCGCCAUUGGCCUUCGCCCUCAAUCUCAGGAGUCCUAUUGGUGAGGGCGAUGAAACUGAUGAAACUGAUGACAAUGAGACUGAAUCUGAUGAUGAUGAGGAAGGCGAAAAUCCGGGGUUGAGCCACCUAAUGCUUGCAGGCCUCUCGCCCGUGACAGAACCACAAGAAGAAUGUUUCAAUAUUUCCGUCAAUGUGCCCGUUUACGUAGAACACGAAGAUGUCGCUAUCCGCGACGGCAUGAGAGUUGUCAACGUCAACGUCCUCCAAGACAACAGCAUCUCAGGAGCCUGCAACUACGUCAUAACCGACAAUGCAAUUUUUGUCAAUUCCACCUGCAACGCCGAUUUCGAGGUGUGCCUCUUACCCUUGAAUGCAUAGACCUGUAAACAACGUGUACGCCGUUACUGACAUCGACGGUGGAACGGCAUGCCGUCGCUGAAGACGUAAUGGUGUUUUUAUUUGAGUAGGAUAAUCUUGGAAAAAAAUGCCCUUAAUGUCUAUGCAUUACUAUGUAUCUGCAUUAAUAAAAAUUUUAGA